GGAGGGGCGGGGCCGGGAUUGCCGGCGCGCGAGCGGCGGGUGGCGGUGUCCGCGCGGGUUUCCCCCCCUCCCCACACACCCCUCAGGGCGGCCGUGAGGCAGCGCGUGCCGGGCCGCCAUGUCUCCGGUUUGGUCCCUGGGAGCCGGGGUGCUGCUGCUCCUGCUGUGGGUGAGGCACCGGGGGCUGGAAGCCGUGCUGGUGCAUCACCGCUGGGUCUUCGUCUGCCUCUUCCUCCUCCCGCUCUCCAUCCUCUUCGAUGUCUACUACCAGCUGCGCGCCUGGGCCGUCUGGCGCCUCCACAGCGCCCCGCGGCAGCACGCACAGCGCGUCCGCCACAUCCAAGCUCAGGUUCGGGAGUGGAAAAAUGAAGGCAGCAAAAGAUACAUGUGCACUGGUCGUCCUGGCUGGCUAACUGUAUCUCUUCGUGUUGGGAAGUACAAGAAGAUUCAUAAGAACAUCAUGAUCAACUUAAUGGAUGUGCUGGAAGUGGACAGUGAAAGACAGAUUGUUCGUGUGGAACCUUUGGUCACCAUGGGCCAGCUGACUGCACACCUGAAUCCCAUGGGCUGGACUCUUCCUGUGGUGCCAGAGCUUGAUGAUCUCACAGUGGGUGGCCUGAUCAUGGGAACGGGCAUUGAAUCUUCAUCCCAUAUCUAUGGACUUUUUCAGCAUACCUGUGUGGCCUAUGAACUUGUUCUUGCUGAUGGAAGCCUUGUGAGAUGUUCACCAACUGAAAACUCAGACCUAUUUUAUGCAGUGCCUUGGUCUUGUGGUACUCUGGGUUUCCUGGUUGCAGCAGAAAUAAAAAUGAUUCCUGCCAAGAAAUAUGUCAAAAUACAUUAUGAACCUGUGAGAGGACUGCAGAAGAUCUGCCAAAAGUUUACUGAGGAAUCUAAGAAAAAGGAGAAUAGCUUUGUGGAAGGACUUGUGUAUUCUCUGGAUGAAGCAGUCAUCAUGACAGGAGUCCUGACUGAUGAGGCUGAGCAAAGCAAGAUAAACAGAAUUGGCAACUACUACAAGCCCUGGUUCUUUAAGCAUGUGGAGAAGUACCUGAAAGAUGACAGGACUGGAAUAGAAUACAUUCCCUCAAGACAGUAUUACCAUAGACAUACACGCAGUAUCUUCUGGGAGCUCCAAGAUAUCAUUCCUUUUGGUAAUAACCCUGUUUUCCGGUACCUGUUUGGCUGGAUGGUUCCUCCAAAGAUCUCUCUGUUAAAACUCACCCAAGGAGAAGCUAUCAGGAAGCUGUACGAGCAACACCAUGUUGUACAGGACAUGUUGGUGCCAAUGAAGAGCCUUGAAAAAUCUAUCCAAACCUUCCACGUUGACCUUAAUGUGUAUCCUCUUUGGUUAUGCCCUUUCAUAUUGCCAAAUAAUCCUGGUAUGGUCCACCCAAAAGGAGAUGAAGCAGAACUCUAUGUGGAUAUAGGAGCUUAUGGAGAGCCCAAAAGGAAACAAUUUGAAGCCAGGGCUUCAAUGAGGCAAAUGGAAAAGUUUGUAAGAAGUGUGCACGGUUUCCAGAUGCUGUAUGCAGAUUGUUACAUGACCCGUGAGGAGUUCUGGGAUAUGUUUGAUGGUUCAUUAUACCACAAGUUGAGGGAGCAAAUGAAUUGCAAGGAUGCCUUUCCAGAAGUGUAUGACAAAAUCUGCAAAGCUGCAAGGCACUGAGCCUGAGUGAUCUGAUCACCUAAGCAAUCAGGGAAAGAUGAAGUUACCUGUAGCUAGUCAGUAUAUCCUUUUAAAAAAAAAGCUUUAUUGCUCUCCAAACAAGCUGAAUCUUGUUGAUGUUUAAAGGUAUGAAUUCCUGCUUUAUAAAUUUAUGUUUAGUACUUCCUUCGUAUGUUUUAAAACCAGUUUUGCAAACUCAAAAGUGAUUGUUUUUAAGGAAACUCAAGUGCUUAGCCUUUGUAUCUAAUGUCGUGACAUGGGUGAAGAAUUCACCUACUUCCAAGCAUAAGAAAAAUAAUGGGAAGGGAAGAAGCUACUGGAGUGACACCAGCUGUGUACUAUAGCUAUAUUUAACAUUACUUCUGAAAAUGGUGAGGAGGGUUCAGAAACAGGUGCCAAAGCUGAAUGCAUUGUCAAGUGAAUCACUAUGUUAAAACUUUUGCCUCCAGUUGGUAAGGUGUGGGACAGCUGUGGGGUGGGGCUGUCAUCCUCUGUGGUUCUCUGCUCCUGGGGUUGUCCCCUGCAGUGGUCCCCAGGGAGCAGUUGACCUCCCUGGCAGUGGCUUCAGUCUCAAAACUGAGCCUCAAGGUGUGAAGAAAAUGCUUUUUACUUGUGCCUAUCAGAUUUGUACUGAUGCUGUUUAUGAAGUGUGAGUGGGUGUAGGUUUUAAGUACUUUGAAAUUCGUUAACUGCGUUGUUUUUUCCCCCAAAAUACCAGUGUUCUGGUUUCACAUAUUACUGGGAGAAAUAAUGCUGCUAUUUCAUAUAGGCAAGUAUUCAGUUUUUACUUGUCGUGGCUCAGUUUAUUUGGAUUGUUUUUACUUAAUUUUUGGGAGGGACGGGUGUUGAUUUUUGGUUGUUGCUUAAGUUUAGUGCCUUACAAAUACUCAGUUGGAAGAAGACGUGGGUUAUCCCAGAUCAUUCUGUCCUGGCCAGUAGGAAA